ACACGAUGGCCUUAUCACAAUGAUCCACCAGGGCAGACCGGGUAGGGUCAAUGUCCUCACGUAGCCAAGAGGAGCGGGCAGGUGGGUCGCAGGUAAAACGUGACGUCAUGAUGAUACUUUUGAACUCCUCGGCAGUAAAUCCAUAAAGGUGUGUAGCCUCGCUGCACAGGGAGCCUGGCAGUAAUAAGCCUGGACCUUAGACUGAAGUGAAAACAGAGCGCCAGAGCCCGCCGGGAAUAAACACAGAGGCCUAACAUGCGCCAAGAGGUUUGAAUCACCGAGGUCUACCAUCACCACCCACCUGUAGAACGAGGACACCGGUAUGUACCCCAGCUCACAGUCGGCGAGACACCCGGCUCAGACUCUGUCAAUGAGCGCUCAGUAUAUCCCACCUCCUUAUGACUUCACCGGCUAUCAUCACGUCCCGGGAGUCAGUGACCCGUCGACGAGCGCCUGGAACUCCAUUUACGCUCCCCGGGAUGAGUACCCGUACAGCUUCCCGGGGUCAAGCCCCAGCACCGGGCAGGUCAGCUUCACCUCGGAGCUGAGCGGCACGCCCACCGCCGCUGGAGGGGGGUCGUUCACCCCCUACAACUACAUCUCUGGACAGGACCCUUUCAACAGCAGGAGGAGACCACAUGAAUCCAUCAGACCAUCCGUUUCAGGAGGGAAGACUCGCACUAAGGACAAGUACAGGGUGGUGUAUACUGACCACCAACGUCUGGAGCUGGAAAAGGAGUUUCAGUUCAACCGCUACAUCACCAUGAGGAGGAAGACAGAGCUGUCAAUGGCACUGAGCCUCUCUGAGAGACAGGUGAAGAUCUGGUUUCAGAACAGACGUGCCAAAGAGAGGAAAAUCAACAGGAAGAAGCUGCAGCAUUCCCAGCAGGCCUCCACGACUACACCCACCCCGCCUGUUCAUGGUGGACCCGCUGACAUCCACAUCACCACCAGCCCCAGCAGCAAUAUUUUGUCUGAUGCAAUAUCAGAGGAAUACUAGGUGGAUUUCAUGUGGAAGACUGAUGUGUACAUAGUUUUGUUUUUUUAUAAGUUUAACACAGAAUGAUGAAGAUGAUUCACAUCAGUAUGUUAUAAUGCUGCACUUUCUGCCUUUCACAAUAACAAGCACCACUUAUCUUUUGUACUGAUCAUCCCCAGUGGGGGUUUUUUGCUGACCACAGGACUUAAACUUGUUUAUCAUCAAACGUAUGUGUAAGAAGUGGUGGUUGAAUUGAUGAUGAAACUAUCAGAAGUUCCUUUUUUUAACCUGAGGGCACGUUGAAAUGUAUGUGGCUGAGUACAUAGGCACAGUAACAUGUAGAUUGGUGACAAAUGCUGGGACACCACAAGCCACCAGAACUGCUUCAGUGGGCCAUUGGCAUUAUUAAGUCUCUGAAGUCCACUGGAGGGAUUGAACACCGUUCUUCUAAAAGAUAUUUCCUCAUUGUGUUUUGAUGAUGGUUGUGGAGAGCACUGUCUAACAUUUGUGUUCAGUCAAGUUGAGACCUGUUGACUGCAAUGGCCAUAGCAUGUGAUUCACUUCAUUUUCAUACUCAUCAAACCAUUCAGUGACCUCUUCAGAUGACCAUUCCCAUCAGGAUAGAAAUGUUUGAUCACAGGAUGAAGGUGAUCACUCAGAAUAACUUUGUAUUGAUUUGCAAUGAUCUUUCCCUCUAAGGGGACAAGUGGCCCCAAACCAUGCCAGCAAAAUGCCCCCCCACAGCAUAACAGAGCCAAUGGAGUCCCUCCCAGUAGGGGUCAAGCAUUCAGGCCUGUACAGUUCUCUCGGUGUACACCACGUGUGCUCACUCAGUUGUUGAGAAAGUGGUGAGCAAUGACUCAUUUGUCUAUCACCUAUUUCCACAUUUCUGUAGACCAGUGCCUGUGGUCUUUGCACCACUGAACUCUUAAAUGUGCAUUCAUCUUUGUAAUGAGGGGUUUUCGCCCUGUAACCUUAGUAUAAUAUCCCUCUGUGUGUAACUGUCAACGGACUGUGUCCUGCUGAUAUGGUCUGAUCACGUCCUGCACUGACAUUCUCAUCAACAUCUGAGGAAGAGCUGCACUUCUGUUUUUCCUUACAUGUCACACUAAUGCUCAAGUAUCACAGUCGUCAGAUGUUUGCUGUCAACCACAAUUUCAGAGCCUAUUUACUGAUGUCUUUCUCAUGGAUCUAAAAGCAGAUGUCAGUGUAGACACUGUUCCUAUUGAAACAGCAGCCAGCUGAACUGACCUUGUGACUGAAGUGCCAUCUGUGACCUAACAAUGAACCUUCUUUUAAAUUCACUUAAAUCUUUUCCUCUUGCUAUUUUUAUACAAAAUCCGAAUCAACUGGGCCUGCUCAGCAUUUUUAUACAUGCCAUAGAGCAUUAUGGGCUGUAAUUGUUCAAUGCAGUGCCUCUGAGAAGAAGCAUCUACAUUCAUUAUGUUUCUCCACUCAUUUAUUAUUUUAUUUUAACUUGUGAAGAAAAGAGGAAUAAUGUGUGUUCUUCUUCUCUCUUUUUUGCUCUGACCACACAAGAAAAUAAGUCUCAGAAUUAUACUUUACGUAUAGAAAAAUAUAGCUACUACAGAUAUUGCCGACGCCAAUGUAUUAACUUCUUCUUAUUUUUUAGGGAAGUAAAAUGAAACUACUUCAUCUAUUUUGUAAUUUGAAUUUAUGGGAAAUAGAGCGAGAAUGUGUUGUGUUUGUUACUACUCAGGAAAGAAAGGUUAUGCCAAAGUCCAACAGCCCCUUAAUGUUUUUUAUUGAUACAGGAUAUAUAAUGGGAAUGGACUCACUAACAAAGUACAAACCAGUGGGUUUCAGUCAGGGGGAGGAAGGCAGCUAUAUAUAGCGUAAUGGAGGAGGUGAAUGCACAGAAAUAAAAAAAAAAAGUAGGAAGUAAACGCAGUGAAGCUCGGCUGGCAGUUAUUGUUAGACGUAUAAAAUAUGACAUAAAAAACAUUUGGUGAAAACUUUUUUUUCUAUUAUAUUGAAAUAUUGUUGUUCUUGUUGUUUAGCUGCAACAUUUCUGGGUAAUAAAUGUGUUUAAAAAUGACCGUGGAGUAAGACAUUCAGUCUUUAGCCACAUCCUGAAAAACAGCUGCAGAUAGCUCAACCACAUGACACAUGAUCUACAGUCACCGUACUGCUAAACGCCGACAUUCAGCUUUGUCAGGAACCUGGAAGAGUUUAAAAAAAGACUGUUUUAAAGUUUGUACUAUAUAUGGAAGAGAUAAUCACACACCUGUAUGAGCCACUGUUAGUCACUUUAAAGAUGUUAAGUGGUAAAUGGUUAAAGGAUUACAGAAUUUGUGUUUUCCAAAAUAAACCACAGUUCUACCAACUUGCUGUGCAAUUUGUGUUUUUGUAACCAGUGUGGGCAGUGAAGAAUUUCCCUCUUUUCUCUUUCAGCACGUUAAUCACAAUAGUGUAAUAGUCUGUUUGUGCCCUUAAAAGUUGCUUUUGAUGUUUGUAAAAAUGUGUUUUGCUGCACAUUUUAUAAAAAAGCAACUUAGCACAGAGGUUUAUUGAUUAGGUUGUAUUAUCUGUUCAUUAGCACCAACCACAGUCACAAGCUGUGGAUCUAUUUGCUUUCACUGCACCACAAACCUCUGAAACAUUUCCACUGAGAAAAGGUUCUUCAUAAUUGCAAUUACCUCACUUCUGUACCAUACAUACAUAAUAAUAUGGGCUAGAGGAUUGUAAAGUAGUAAUUCAGCCUCUGGCUUCUGACAAAUGUUUUCACACUAACCUUUAUAUCUUCUGACAUUGCUUUUCUUUGCAUCCAGUUUAACAACUGAACUUUACAUUUAUGCUGAAUUUGAAACAAGAAGUACUGAAUCAAAAAAUCAUUUAGUUUGCUGACAAAUUCUUUAAACUUUAAAUUAGAAGUCACCUGAAAGAUACAUUCGAUCAAAGACUUACAUGACCAGGAUUGAAGAACUGGCACCAUUCAAAAGUCUGGUUUUAUAGUUUAAUGGCUUUGGCAUGGCAAGGUAACAUCACAUGAAAGUGUCACGACAACGCAAAAAAAAAAAAAAAAUCAUCUGCUUUUUAUGAGGAAAAAAAUUAAUGUUUGAUUGUGGUUCAACCAAAUCUAUCAAGAGUUCAUAUGCAACAGCUUAAUUUAUCUGGGUUUACUGUGUCAUGCACAAAUAACAAGGUUAACAGUUGAAACAAUACUCAACAAGUUGUUACCCAUACAGAUAUUAUGUUGAACAGGCUGUCUUAUCAGAUGGCAAAAGGAUACUGGAUUGUUGGAGCAGGUUUAUUACACUUCUCCAGUGUUGUCAAUUAUUUGCUCAGUAGAUUAUGUCAGUCAGAAGUUCAACUGUGUUUCAACAAGAGGGUUCAACUAAGAAGGGAUCUGAGAUGGUUGUUUAAGGACACUACAACUAUCCUGGACCAUAAACACCAAUUUUAUGGCUUUGUGAAUCAGCUGAAUAGUAGUCCAAUGCUGUCAACCUUUAACCUCAAACUAUCAAACCAAAUCAAACAUGCAACCUCUGUCUUUAAUUAAAGCCAUGUGUUAACAUAACUUAAAAAAAAGUAAUUGAAUGUGUACAUUUACACACACAUGAACACACACACACACACACACACACACACACAUUCAUACAUAUAUGUAUGUAUGCAUGCAUGCAUUGCAAGAAUUUGCAAAACAUUUGCAGCUAAAGUAGUAUGCAACAGAGAGGAACUGAAAUAAACAGAACUAAAGUUCACCAAACUAAUUUAGAAUAUUUAGUGCAACCAGCCUAAGUCACGCUGUCUUUCAUGUGAAUAUACUUGUAGAGUUCAGAGUUUAGGAGGGUGUAACUGAACAGAGAAAACCAACUGUGAAUUGAGGGUUUGACCCGCCUGACCAGGUCCACACCCACACCAAAAGACUGCUGGCAGAGGAUCAUAUUUAGCUUUGACCUGCAUCCAUUUACAGCUUUGACACUAUACAAGUUGUUGUCUCCAGAACAAGCUUUGUACAUCCUCCUGUAACCUAAGAGUCAAUAAGUCAAUUUCAUUCCAAAAUAUUUUAAAACUUAAAAUCUCUUGUGCAUUACCAUCUAAGUCUGACUGACUUCAAGAGGUUAAAAUGUGGUACUGAGCUGUUUUAUGUGACUAAAGCACUGCUUUCAGACAGAGAGUUAUGCUGAAGAGAAUGUAGUGAUCAACCUCUGCACAUUCAUGGUUCAAAGUUUUUCAUUUGUCACAUGUUCAAACAAUAAAACCUGUGAAUCUUGAAUCUUGCAGAGGAGUUACUGGUAGCUUAAGGAAAUUCUCCUGUAUGAGCAUAUAUCCUGCUAGUGAAUGUGCUCUGCAUUUUACUGUCUAUCCCUUGUUCAACUGCACAAUGCAACUAUUAAAAGUGGCUAUAAAUUACACAUUGAUCUACUUGAUCAAGUCCUCAGUUGCAUGCAGUUCAAUUUAACUGAUAGUUUGCUCUGAACUGAUUUUCUACUAAUCCCAAAUAAUUUGCAUAAUGUAAAUAACCACAGUGUUUCUCCUCCAAACUUUAAAGUUGGAGCAUAAAUAAACCAAAAUCUGAGUUAUUAAAGUUGAGUGUUGCUACGGUUGACAAACUCUGAUAUCUCUAUUUAUGCUCUGUCACGCACAUUCUAAACUGGAAGCCACAAAGGCAAAGGAAACACAUUGAACUAAAUAUAGCAAACGUAACUUGAUGGUGGUGUGAUACACACAUCUUGUGCCCUCAGAAUCUGACAAGUUGUUAAGUCCAUUUCCUCUCGAACAACACAUAGUAUACAUCCAACAACUUGAGUUUACUCGGUUUAGUAAGAAGUGACUAUAAGUGUUACCAUUUCAAAUUUCAGAGGCAACUGCAUAUAUUGUAGUUACAGGCAAUUCUGAGAUGUAAUUAAAUUGGUUAUUAAAAAUUGUAUGUUAUUUAUGUCUGCAUCUAUCAAAACACAAACAUGAACUAACUUUUAGUCUAAUUCUGACUUUAUGUAACAUGAUUCAAAUUACACAAUCCACUCAAAAUUAUCAUUGCAUUAAAGGGAUAUCAGAUUUAACUCGUCUUACAAAUGGUUUGAACACCCUGUAACCAGGUUUCUUAAAUAUCACACCAUGUAACUAUUUUGUAAGACCGAGCUCAAGCCUAAGAAAAAGCAGAAGUGCUUACACCAUGGAAACAAGUACUUGCUUACAAUGAAUUUCCCGAGAGACAAGACAUUUCUAUACAAAUGAAUCUCUAGCCUAGAGAGGAAGAUGGUGGAGUUUGACAUUAACUCCCACACACACGCACACGCACACGCACACGCACACACACACACACACGCACACACACACACUCAUACACCAAACCCAUGAAUAAAUCUAUUUUUGCAAUGCACACUGUACCUGAGUUUAUUUUAUACACUCUGACCCUCAACUAACCCCUGCUUAUUUGUUUAAUUAACACAAUUUCAUUUAAGUUAGUGAUAACUUUUUUACUUUGACGUUAAGUUAAAAGUUGCCAUUUGAGAUCAGCAGACCAGCAUAAAAGUACUGGUGACACUUAUUCAGAGGACCAUAGAUUACUGCAGGGUACUAAAGCUAGACUGACUGCAAUGACAUUGCUAUCCUUAGAAUUUGGAUCAUCUUUGUGGCAAAUUUACAGUUAAGUGACACUGCUGCUUAUAAAUUAAAGGAAAAUUAAAAACAAAAAUGUGCUGUUAAGAUAGACAAAUCUUUUUUUUUUUUUUUUUUUUUUUUUUUUUUUGCAAGAAAAUGUUAAAUAA